AGCUUACGGACGGCAGAGACAAGCCAAUAGCCAACAAGACCGUUGAACUUCAAAUAACAGGAGUACAGAACAGUUCCUUCUACAAGACUGAUGCUGAGGGACGAGCCCACUUCUCCAUAGAUACUUCCGGCUACACAGAGAGUUCUAUUCAAAUCAGUGCAAUUUAUGAAAGAGAAACUCACUGUUAUGAUUCGAACUGGGUCUCUCCUCAACACCAAACUGCCUUCUCCUCAGCACCACGUUUCUAUUCUCCAAGUUCAAGUUACCUCAAAGUUCAACAGCUUCCUAGCAAAUUAAGCUGUGGGCAACAUGCGGUCGUCCCGGUCCAUUACGUUCUCAAUUCAGAGAUCAUAAAGGACAAAGAAGUCGUCUUCCACUACUUGGUGAUGUCCAGAGGGGAUAUUGUGAAGUCAGGAACACACCCCUUGAAAGAAAAGCAAAGUAAAGGUUUAUGAUCUGCUGCCUUUGACGGACCUCAGGGGCUAUUACUACAAAAGUGAGAACUUGGAGGACCCAGACACAAACCCCUGCGUGCCCCCCAAAAAGAUCAUUGUGGACGGAAUUCGCUACGAGACUGAUACCUAUUCUUACGGUGAAGGUGACGCCUAUACAAUUCUCAGGGACAUUGGUUUCAAGACAUUUACCAGUGCCCAGAUAUACAAGCCUAACAUUUGCAGCAGACCAGAGCGUCACUACCCAAUGGCCUACAUGGAAAGGGGUCCAGCUAACGCAAGACUUGGAGGAAUGAGCAUGGACAACAGCGCAGAACCAGUGGAAACAACUAUCCGGCGCUUCUUCCCAGAAACCUGGAUAUGGUCCUUAAAAUCUCUUGGCAGUGAGUCCGAGCUCACCCUGCCCGUCACCAUUCCUGACACCAUCACAGAUUGGCGAGCGGGAGCCUUCUGCUUGUCCCCAGCGGUGGGUUUCGGCCUGGCCCAAACCAUCUUCCUCACGGCCAUCCAGCCGUUCUUCGUUGAAGUCACCCAGCCAUACAGCGUAAUACGGGGAGAAGACUAUGUCAUGAAGGCCACCAUCUACAACUACCUCAAACGCUCCAUCCAGGUUGGCGUAUCGCUACUGCUUUCUCCCGACUACAUUGCUACCCCUCUGGACAAGGAGCAGGGUCCCCACUGUCUGCCUGUGGAUGGAAGGAAAACCUUCUCCUGGAAAGUUACUCCCAAAACUAUCGGUGUCCAGAGACAGUUGAACUACAAGCAUGCUGACGGUUCCUACAGCACCUUUGGGGAACGGCACAACGAGCCUGGAAACCAUUCUGUGGUGCGCAAUGCUUUGUUUUGCCUGGAGACCGUAUCCCAGCAGAAAGAUAUCCCCAUCUACACUCAGGCCUUGUUGGCAUACGCUUUUGCUUUGGCGCAUAAGGACGACAAAGUGACGGCGCUACUGCAGAGUCUUCAGCAAAAGGCCGUGAAAGGAGACGACGGCUCCAUUCACUGGGAGAGGAUCGUGAAGCCAGAGGUGAAAAAGUCUCUCUACUACGAGCCUCAAGCACUUUCCGCCGAGGUGGAAAUGACCUCCUACGUGCUCCUGACUCACCUGACCAUGCUUAGGAGAGCUGCGUCAGUGUCCCAGGACGAUUUGGCCAUUCCCACCAAGAUUGUGACGUGGAUGACCAAACAACAGAAUCCUUCCGGAGGAUUCGCUUCCACCCAGAAAGAUGACCCAUUAACACGUAUUUUCCCUCCUCAGACUACCUUGAGGUACAAUGUGCUCCCACACCCCGGAGAUGAUCCAUUUGCACUGACUGUCACCACAAAUCCCGAAACGUGUGUUGGGGUCAAGGCCCACAGGGAGUUCGACAUUGCAAUAAACGUCAGUUACGUCGGCAAGCGCCCCUCCACCAACAUGGUGAUUCUUAAUAUCAAGAUGGUCUCUGGAUUUGCACCAAAUAGGCCGUCUGUGAAAGAGCUGGAAAAGCAGGCUCUGAUUAAGCGAGUAGAUAUGACUCCCAGAGAAGUGGUGGUGUAUUUCGAGAAGGUGAGUGCAGAAGCCACGGCGAGGGAACGGGUGAGCUAGAGGGACUCCAAUGAA